CGAUGUGCUAAGGAUUUUAUUUAUGUACCUGUCUGUCGGCCUCAACGACAUCGACCUGUAGUCUACUUCCUUCGAGCAUAGGCAAGCCAUUACAGCUGCUCACGAUGCGAGGACACGGGUUCUACAACCCGAGGAGGAGCUGGAUAUCACUAUUCUUGAUUGGUUGCUUGGGAAGACUCAUUUUUCGGGUUUCAUUCAUGACAUUGAAUAUCUGGAGGAGCGUUUCCGUGAGAUACCUUCGACUUUACAUAUUAUAUUAUGUUCUAAAUCUCGGCCAGUAUAGAUGUAACACAGUUGUAUGUAUACUUACAUGCUCAACAACUACACUGUCUUCAAUUGUACUACCUUGCCAAAGUGCUCAGAGCCCGAGUGAACGUCCAAGAGAUACAUUUUUUAAUGUAUGAGUGGAUGUUUAAUCAGGUCGGAAUGAAGGGUCCCGUUGCACAAUGCCCA